AUGAGCGACAUUGAGCAAGAAUCUAACACCGACGGAGAGGAGCAAACUAUUUCCCCACGCGAGGCAGAAUUACAAGAGCAAAUAGAAACUCUUAAACAAGAAAAGCUAGAUCUUAACGCUCAAAUUGAGCAGAUCAAAGGCUUCAUGGACAAAUAUAAGCAGUUAUCGACCGAAAACCACAAUAUAUUGACAGAAAAUGGUAAACUUAAACGCGACAUCGAUGAUCUACAGCACAGACUCCAACUUAGUUCCGAAACGAACAAAGAUCUCGAGAACCAAUUGAAGCUUGAAAAAGAGCACCACGACCAAAUACGCAGUGCAGAAUAUGCAACCAUGACAGAGCAUGUUCAAACCACAAAACAGAAUUUUCAGAAUAAAAUUGAUCAACUCCAGAAAGAACUUGAAGCCGCCAAACAGCAGUUAUCAAGUAAAGAUGUCGAAACCAAGUUACUUAAAUCCAAAAAUGAUCGUCUUAUUCAAUCAAGUUCGAGAUAUUUUGCCGAAAAAUUUACUAACGUUGACAAUCUCAUUGAGAAAUUCGAGAACGGCCCAGACAUGAGAUCAAUGCAACGCCAGGCUCAGCAGACUCCUUCAUCACCUUCAGGCCUCAAAUCUCCAGCAGCUUCAUUAAAUAAUGACAACCAAGUCCAGGCAUUAAAGCAGAAAAACGCAAUGCUCAAGGACAAAAUCUACGAUCUCCAGGACCAGAUUGCAAAUCUAAAGGAUCAACUGAAAAAAUCCAACCAAGAAAACAAACGUGAAGUCAAUAAAUUACAAGCUGAGUUAGAUGCAGCGAAUCAGGAGAACGCAAUGACCAAGGAAAACCAUGAACACGAGGUAAACGAUUUGAUUAAUCAGCUCAAAAACCUCAAAGCUGAAAUGAAAGAGAAAGAGAAGGAGCAAAAGAAGGAAAAUGAUGAAGAUGAUAUAGUUGUCGUUGGAACUCGUGACGUAAACCCAGAAGAAGAGAAAAAUAGCGAAGAUGAAUUGAAGGAACAGCACGAAAAGAUCCAAGAAAUACAAGAAAGACAUCUCCAAGAAAUUACUUACCUUCAAAAGGAGGUCAGAGAAAAGCUUAACGCUGCUGAAGAAAAAAUCCAAGAAUUAGAAGCCGAAAAAGCAGCUUUAAUGCAAGAAUUAAAGGAAGCAACAGAUAAUUUAGAGGAUUCUAAGUCAAUAAUCAACGCUUUACAGGCAAAAAUUGACUCAUUAAACUUAUUAAACGAAAAUUACUCACAACAAAUCGGAAAACUUAGGGAAAUCCUUCUUAAGAAGCAAGAAAUGCAGAACCAGGAAGAAGAAGAGAAGCCAGAGAACCAAGCAGAACAAGAAAUGAACAAAUUAAUCGAACAACUCGAGCAAAAAGUCAAUGAACUAAGCCAAGAAUUAUCAGAAGCGCAGUUAAAGAACUCAGAACUCGUUAAUGAAGGCAACGAACUUAAAGGAGAAAACUUAGAUUUGAAACAUAAACUUGAAGAUGCCGAAGACAAGGUCAAAGAGCUUGAAGCGGAAGCCAAGUACAGAGACAUGAAGCAACAAACAGUCCAAGAGACCCAAAUUCCUCCUUCCGGAUGGCAAUUCUCUUCAUUCCCAGAUGAAUUACAAAUUGUCAUCGACAAAAUUGCUCACAAUGAUGCUCUUCAAGAUGCUUCCAAAGUCCAGGCCAUUUACAGGCAAAUCAAUGACUACUUUACCAAGGAAAUCGAAAAACGUGACGAAAAAGCAUCGAAAGCCAACAAAGAUCUCAGUGAUUUAAAGGAAAAGAUCUCGCCAAUCAUCGUAGAUAUCUCUAUUGCGCUCUUACAAACAGCUUCCACGUUGGAUCAAGUCAUUGAAGACCAAGGAGCCAAGUUAUUAGACGCAAUCAAGAGAUUAUCCAAAGAAAACGACCGACUUUCAACAGAAAACAACAAGAUGCAAGGUGUUAUUGAAGGUAUUGGUGACGUUUUCGAGAUUGAACCUGAAUCAAACGAUGAAUUAGUAAAUCAAGUUGCACAAUUCAAGCAAUACAUUGAAGUUCUUGCAGAUAAGUUGCAGAAGACACAAGAGAAGGUCAAGAACAUGAAGGUUCAACGUCAAAACGAGAUCGCAGAGAGUGAACAAAAAUAUGAUGAACUCGAACAAGAGAAUACAAAACUUUUAGACCAGACGGACAUUUUGAAAGCACAAUUAGAUCAAACUAAAUCACAGCUGAACAAGACACAACAACAAUACAACGAAAUGACACAACACUUGUCGGCAGAAAUCUCAGAACGCGACAUCACUCUUGAUGACAAAGUUGAAGAAGAACGUACACAGAUCAUUACAAACAUGAAGAGCAAAUUCGAAGACGAAAAGUCACAAAUGAACGAAGAAAUCAAGAACCUUAAAUCCAAACAAGUUGAAUUACAGAGUGAAGCCAACAAAUUGAACCGAACAAUUUCUGAACUUACAGCUGAAAACGAUAAACUUAAAUCGGAAAUCACAAAUCAACAGAAAGAAUUUGAUACUUAUAAAUCAACAACAGAAGAACGUUUUGAUAAAGAGAAGAACGAAAUGAAGAACCAUUACGACGCAACAAUCAAAGCUCUUGGACAACGAUGCAGCGAACUUAGUGAAGAUAUUGCUAAUUUUGCAGAAGAAUUAACACAAAGCGAAGUUAAAUAUAACAAACUUCAAAAAGAAAAACAGACAUUGAUUGAAGAUAAACGUAAACUGAACGAAGAGAAGAAACGUAUUCAAUCAUCAGUCGAACGUGAGAAAAUGCUUGCAGAAGCCCUUGCAAAGACUAAAAUCAUUGAAGAACAAGCAAGUUCUAAUGAAAAGCUUCUUCUUCAGAAGAUGAAAUUCGAGGAUGAAAAGAAGAAGUUGAUGAACUAUUUCGCAGAUAAGUUUAGGAACUUCUUCUCUCCAAUGAAACCAAUAGAUGACCAUGAAUAUAGAUUUGGUGUUGAAAAGGCCUUUGACGAAUAUAAGAAACUUCUGGCAGCAGACGAGAAAAUUAGGAAGUUGUUGAAUGCAAAACAAGGACAAACAACUCCUGAUGCUGUAGCCCAAAUUAUUGUUAACAAUGACAUUAAACUUCAAUAA